AGCAGCAAAUGAAUGGGGACGUCAGCAAGGCGGUAAUAAAUCUGUUUGGCGUUGCAAUAUUGCCUUUUUAAAAAAAGAAAAGUAUUAGUGCUAUCUAAGGUUCGUUAUGUAUUUGUAAAGCUUUGAUAACGCAUUUAAACAAGUAUACAAAGAAGUCUAUUAAACGUUGGUAAAAGUUGGAGACAGUGUGAAGAAGCUCAAUAACAAAGCAAGCGAACAUAUGGGAACCGACUGCCACAACAGUGACUAAUGUCAAUACCUGUAUUUCUCACCUAAUCAAAACCGGUGAUAUAUUUUACCGAUAAAAACUGAAUACUUUAUUAAAUAUUUGUCGGACCCAAAAACACAUUUUGUGCAUCAGUAAUGACCCAACCGCGUUAUGAGCUUUUAAGCGGCAGUAGUAAACAAGAUGAUGUAAACCAAAGUGGACUGUCACGACGUACAACUUUUGGGUCACAUUAUGAUGAGGAUGAUGACGAAAAUGAGGAGAUCGAGCUGAGUACUGAGCAUCGCAUAAGAUAUGAAAGUGAUGAUGAAGAAGAAGAUUGCUACAUAAACGGACAUUUAGCCGCUAAAAACAUUAACCGGGAUAAUGUGCACAAUGAAUCUGGAGGUGUGGCGGGUUCACCGAAUGCCGCUCUUCUGCCGGGAUCUCGCCUACUGCAAAUGGCAGUCGGAACAGUAAUGAUUAUUCUUCUUUACUUAGUGCUAUCUAUAGGUUUAACUUUCUACCAACAAAAGUUAAUUAAGGAACUACAAUUUCCCAUGACCAUCGUAGCUUACCAUUUAGUAUUGAAAUUUUUACUUUCUGCUGUUGUGCGAACAAUUUAUAAAAUAUGUGUUGGAAAGACGAGAGUAAAAUUAGAUUUACACACGGCAUGGCAAAAAAUGGCACCAGCAGGUAUAGCUAGUGGCAUCGACAUAGGAUUUUCAAAUUGGGGACUAGGGCUAGUGCCAAUCUCUUUGUAUACAAUGACUAAAUCCUCAACGAUUGUUUUUAUACUUAUAUUUGCAAUAAUGCUUGGACUGGAAAAGAAGAGUUGCUUCCUCAUAUUUAUUGUCGGCCUAAUUGCUAUUGGACUUUUUAUGUUCACCUACGAAGCCGCAGAUUUUAAUACACUCGGUUUUAUAUUUCUUCUGUUGGCCUCUUUGAGCAGCGGUAUCCGAUGGAGCUUUGCACAAUUUGUCAUGCAGAAGUCUAAGUUAGGCUUGCACAACCCAAUCGAUAUGAUAUAUUACAUGCAACCUUGGAUGAUCGCUUCGGUCUUACCAUUCCUAAUAACAUUUGAGGCUAGCAAGCUGUAUAACAUUGACCUAUCCAUAAUAUCUAACGACGUGAUUACACGGAAUGUGUUUUAUAUCACAUUUGGUGCAGUACUAGCUUUUCUAAUGGAAUGUAGUGAAUAUUUAGUUCUUUCAAAAACUUCCGGUUUAACACUUUCAAUUGCUGGAAUUUUCAAGGAUAUUUGUCAACUUGCCCUUGGAGUGGAGUUGAAUGGCGAUCAAUUAAGCUUGAUAAACGUUCUUGGUUUAAUCGUUUGCUUAGCUGGUAUUUGCAUGCAUUUGUUGCACAAAUAUUUAACUCUUACAAAAAUGGAAUCCCUUGAAAUGGGUGAAGAGGAAAGUGACUUACGAUUCAAUGAAACUACCAUAAGUUCCAAUACAAAUAAUAACAGCCAUCAGACUGGUGGCAAUGCCGGCGCAGGUGGGAAUGUAUUAUCUGCCGUACUGCAAAAGAAACAUUCCUCCCAAACCAUUCCAUUACUGGAACAAAGCGACUCUGAUGACUCCAAUAAUGACAAUGAGCAAAGCGCCUCGGAUGUUAUAUUCGAUGUAUUGAAACGGAGAGAUAUGCAACGAUAAGAACACUAAAAUAUAUAUUUUUUUAAUUAAGUAGUAUUAUAAAAUUUUUAAACUGGCUGAUAGGCUAGAAAAUGUAAAUGUUGUAUAAAUCAUUCCUCGACUAUCUUAUGAGUAAAUAUUCUACUCUUCAAACUGUGAAAAUAAAUUUUUAGCAAAUAAGUGAAAU